AUGGAAUCCAUGAAAAAAAGGCCCGAUCAUCCAGAUUUUUUGGUUACUACAAACGAUGGUGUACCAUUGGGUCUUCACAAAGCUCUUUUAUUUAAUAGAUGGCCAUUAUUCCGUGAAUCGCAAGAACGAUGUCGAACUAAUAUCCAAAAAAUAGAUUCUGGACCCUUCAAACAAAUUCUAGAAUAUUUAUAUGCUGGUCUGAUGCCAAGUGAAUCAUUACGACCAACUUUUGGAACAAUCGGAAUUCCAUUUCCAUCGAGUGACUUCCGAGAGAAAUAUAUAGCUGAUAUGAGACGUCUAUAUACAGAGAAGACAUGUUCAGACUUUAAAAUAUCUGCUCAUGGGAAAAUUUUUAGUGUUCAUAGAUUUAUUUUAGCAUCUUCAUCGGAAUUCUUUUAUUCCCUUUUCUCUUCGGGAUUCGAAGAAGACGUGACCCAAACAAUGGAAGACCUCUUCUCAACUUCCAUUAAACAGAUAGAGAGUAUGCUUAGCUACAUCUAUACAGGAGAAGUUGUUCUUUCAAGUGUCGAUGAAUGUUUGCAAUUUCUCUAUAUAUGUAAGAAGUAUAUAGUGAAAGCUCCAAGCCCGAGAGAACCUGAGACUAUGAUUGCAACUCUUAUUACAAGUAAAUUCAUGUCUGAGAUAGAUUAUGCAAGAUCGAAAGCUGUUUCUUACAGCUACAAAGUGUUAUCUGAGAUCCUCUCUGCUUGCUUGGAAUAG